UUUAUAGUAAUCUUCUUUCUUAUAAAAGAGGAUACAAUAGUCAAUCAGCCCCCUUUUCAAACUAGGGUUUUUCAUCCCUCUUUCAUAUUCCAACACUUCCAGCACAAGUGUGUGUGUACACACACACACAUAUACUUUACACCACAAUUUUAUAAAAAUUGCAUCUUUUUCGUGUUGAAAUUAUCCAAUUACACAACAUGGGUCGGGGCAAAUUCAAGGGGAAACCCACGGGUCGGCGCCAAUUCUCCACUCCCGAGGAGAUGAUUGCUGGCACUUCCUCUCGUCCCCGCACAUUUAAACGGGAAGAAGCUGAGGAUAUAGAAGAUGAAAGACUAGAAGAAGAAUCUGAAGAGGAGUCGGAUGAUUCCGAGGGAGAAGAAAAGAAAAAAGGCACCCAAGGUAUCAUUCAGAUAGAGAAUCCUAAUUUGGUGAAGCCGAAAAAUAUGAAAGCUCGAGAUAUUGAUAUCGAGAAAACAACUGAACUUUCCAGGCGUGAAAGAGAAGAGAUAGAGAAGCAGAAAGCCCAUGAAAGGUACAUGAGGUUGCAAGAACAAGGGAAAACUGAACAAGCAAGGAAAGAUUUAGAUCGUUUGGCCCUUAUUCGUCAACAGAGGGCAGAUGCCGCCAGAAAGAGGGACGAAGAGAAAGCUGCCAAGGAACAGAAGAAGACGGAGGCUCGCAAAUGAUACUACGAGGGGUGUGUGGUUAAAGCAAGUUAUGUCAAAAGAACUAGUUAUAUGUGAUUCUGGUUCUGAUUCUCAUAUAAAGAUGGCUAUGCAAUUAUUUUUAUUUGCAGUUGUGAACUGAAAAUUCACAUUUUCUUCAUUUGACUAUGUUAUAUCAUUUUGUUGCUUUUGGCAAAAUAGAAUUAUAAACUUCAUAGA